UGUUUACACGCUAGUGUCAUCUACAGUGUCAUGAAAAGUGUUUGUCAAAUUAUAUUAAAAUUAUAAAUCUUCUUGGCUAUUAAUUAUUCUAUGUUUGUGGAAUUAAUCUAGACUUUAUUAACGUUCAAUUUUUUUUAUCAUCCGUCUUUUUUUCCGUCAAAGUUAAAUAAGGAAUAAAUUGUUCCUUUGACAGCUAUCACGUUGGACAUUCCCUCUCAUCGACCUUUGGAAGCAUUCCUUUAUAUUGGGAGUGUUGAAUCAUAUUUGGGAAUAUGGCUGCUGCUGCUGCUGCUGCGUUACUCGACGAGCUUAUGGGAAGAAACAGAAAUGUUCUUCCUAACGAAAAACCUAAAGAACUAAAUUGGGAGGAUCCAGAGUUUUGCAAAUUAUAUUUGGUCAAAUUCUGUCCUCACGAUUUAUUCGUUAACACUCGAGCUGAUCUUGGAGCUUGUUCACGAGUACACGAUGAUGAAGCUAGAGAACUUUUUGAGAAAGCGCCAUAUUCUUAUCGUAAACAACAAUACGAAGAUGAAUUUAUUAGAUUUUGUCAAAGUAUGCUUAACGAGGUUGAAAGGAAAAUUGUAAAAGGCAAACAACGUCUUGCUUUAAUUGGAAGAACUGAAGCACCUACUUUGACUCCAGCACAAACUCAAAGGAAUGAAGAACAAAUAGCUCUGCUAACGGAGAAGAUUAACAAAUUAGUCGAAGAAGCUGAACAAAGUGGUAUUCAAGGAAACGUUGAACAAGCUCAAGGCCUAAUGAGACUUUGUGACCAAUUAAAAGAAGAACGAGAAGCUCUUAGAAAGUCCAAUGACAAUAGUCAUUAUAAUCAAACUGCUGAGUUAGCUGCUGCUCAAGAAAAACAGAUGGAAGUUUGUGACGUGUGCGGUGCUUUUUUGAUUGUCGGAGAUGCUCAACAACGAAUUGAUGAUCACUUGAUGGGUAAACAACAUGUUGGUUAUGCCAGAUUAAAAAGUGCUCUUCAAGAUAUUAUGAGUAAACGUGAAAAAGCACGAGAUGAAAAAGAGCAGAAAAGAGAAGAAGAGAGAAAGCAGAGAGCACGUGUUAAUGAAGAAUUGGAUAGACGAAGGAGAGAAAGUGACAGAGAUAGAGACAGAGAAAGGGAUAAACGUCGCAGACGUACAGACGAUGACAAGGGUAGACAUGACUCUGGAAGUCAUAGAAAUUCUGGACAUAGAAGUAGAAGCAGGUCUAGAGAGAAAUAUGAUCGACAUCGCGAUGACGAUAAUCAUCGACGUCAUGCUCGCGAUAAAGGAAAUCGAGAUCAUCGAAGUUCAAGUCACCAUAAUCGUCGUCGCCAUCGAUCUCGAAGUCGAAGUCACAAGUAACUACUCUUGAUUGGUUCUUUACCAGGUGAGUUUCAUUAGAUGCACAUAAUAUGUACAUGAUAAUUAUCUGUGAUUUUGAAGAAUCGCAUACAGUCACAACGUACCAGUCUUUGAUCCUGCCUAUUAAUUGGAGAAAUGCUCUUACUAAAUUUCAUAUGGACCUGAUUGUACAGCAUUUUAUUUUCAAUGUGACGAGCUCAUUGUAUGUAACAUAUAGCUUGAAAAAAAGCUGCAUCGAGGUAAUGUCGAGCGAGGAUUAGUAAAGUCGUUCACAAAAUAAAGGUAUAUUUAUCAUGUAGUAUUAUAGAUAUUGUCUACAGAGCAAGAUAGGAGAAGGUAUACCUAUGCUUGCUUUGAUCGGUAUAAUGUCUUCAUAGGUUAAAUAUAGUAAAUUAUGUUAUGUCAACGACUGCAUAGCUUUUUUGUCGAAAAGAAAUUAGUGAAUUAGUGGAGGAAACAGUGCCUACUUCCGUAGACCUGCAACACGGCAGUGCCCUGUGUGACUGUGACUAUACAAACCUAGCUUCUGCUACGCAUUUCUGAGGUAUUUAUAUCGGAAUGAUAAUACCAAACAUGUCCUUUUAUUAGGAAAGUUAGACUUUUUUGAAAUUGAUGAUUGAUUUAUUUUUGGAGUGAUACUUCAGUGCUCUAGUGCUUUAAAAGGAAAUGAUAACAAACUCCUGCUAUUACUUUCCUUACUUCCUAAUUGCAGUUGAUCGGAGCAUUAUCAACAUGACUUUCAGUGAUUAUUUCUCAGCGAGUUUUUUCGUUUAGGAAUGAAUAUAUAUAUAUAUGUUAAUGACAACACCCUAUAUGGAUACUAAUUGGAUAGAUCAAUUGUUGUAUUUUUCAACUUCGAACUUUUAACGUUCGAAAUAACUUUUCUCUUAUUUCUAUAGUCGGCGAUAUCAAAAAUUAUCAAAUAGAUUUUUACAAUUGUGUCAUCGUUAAUAUUGUACCACCACUGUUAAUUGAUUAUUUAAAGAUUA